GUCUCGUCCAACGCGAGUGUGAAGUUUGUUGUCCGUGUUAGUGGAGCGCAGCUACGGUUCCUACAUCAAGUGAGGCAAGGAAUAACACACAGGACUUAUCAUUAAUUCAGGAUCACUCAAGAGCAGCAACACACGGAUGAUGGAGUUCAAGAGGGGUUCUGUGCUUUCCACCGUCGAAGAGGUUGACAGUACAUUAUCCACCCCUAUACCGGAGAGGCAGCUCGGGAAGACUAAUGAUGCCUACACACCAUUAUCGAUCCAAGGAAUGGUUGUUGCCGGUCCCGUUCCAAUCCGAGUAUCUGAUGACGUUAGACACCCAGGUUCCUCAUCGAUGACAGAGCAAGGAAAUAAUGAGUCUGUUUCUGAUGGAAGCAGCGGGGAAUGGGGAGUGCGCCACACACUGACGCUGCUAUCAUGCUUAGCUACGGCUAUACAAUAUUCCAUGAGGGUUAACUUGUCCAUCGCCAUCGUUGACAUGGUUAUUGGGGACAGCAACUCCACUUAUGACAACUACGACGACACCUGCCCUCUUCCAGAUGCAGGGGAUAACCACACUGCCUUGGCAGGCAACUUCGAGUGGGACGAACAGACACAAGGUCUGGUAUUGGGGGCAUUCUACUGGGGCUACGCCACCACCCAGAUUGUGGGAGGGUGGGUAUCCCAGCGUGUGGGAGGCCGUCUGGUGAUGGGACUCAGCGUGCUUGUCUCCUCUUUCAUCACUCUACUGCAUCCACUCUGCGCUUAUGCGUCUGAUAAGCUCUUCAUCUUCAUCAGGUUCCUGGAAGGCGUCGCUCAGGGGGUGACCUUUCCUGCCCUGAGUUUACUCUUAGCCACCUGGGCGCCCCGCCAGGAGAAGACUACGCUUGUCACUAUUGCAUUUUCAGGGAUGCAGGUGGGCACGGUGUUGGGCACGGUAAUCAGCGGGUGGCUAUGUGAUUUCGACUUCCUAGAAGGAUGGCCGCUAGCCUUCCUCGUGUUCGGGGUUGCUGGGCUGGUGUGGUGUGUUCCAUGGUUCCUCCUUGUCCGUGACACGCCCAAGCUAAAUCCCUGGAUCUCCCAGGCUGAGCUGCAGUAUAUCCAGGGCCAUCAGGAUUCGCUUGUUACGAGUAAGGUGAAAGUUAUUCCCUGGAAGGCGAUCAUGAAGUCAAGACCAAUGUGGGCGGCUAUAAUGACCUAUGUGGCGGAAGGGUUCAGUUACUAUGCCCUUCUCUCAGAGAUGCCGUCCUACCUCCACAACAUUCAACACCUCGAUACGACUCAGAACAGUUUUGCGUCUUCACUGCCGUAUGUGUUAAUGAUUAUCUUCUCUGUGAUGUGGGGGGCCUUGAUGGAGGUACUGACCAAGAAGAGGGUGCUGAGCGUUUUGUGGGUGAGAAGGAUUUCUUCAGCCUUGGGAUUGUACUCCAUGUCGGCUGCACUGUUCAUAAUGUGCUUCGUGAGGUGCAACACCACCCUGUCUAUCGUAAUACUGUGUACUUCAUUGGCCUUCAACGGGGCUUCGUACAGCGGUGCGGCACUGAUUGAACAAGACAUCGCUCCCAACCUGGUCAGCACUCUGGUGGGCUUCAACAACACUAUCGGUGCCAUUGCCGGCUUCAUCGCUCCCGUUAUUAUUGGCGCCAUCCUUAAAGACAACGAUCAAACAUGCAGGCUCACACUGCAGGUUCACAUGCAGGAUCACCAUGCAGGUAUACAUUUGCAGGGCAUCAACAUGCGGAUCACUCAGGCAUCACAUGCAGGCAUCAAAAAUGCGGGCUCAAACAUGCAGGUUCCAUGCGGCACACCAUGA